AGUUAAAUCUUCUCAUCUUGAUUAAUUUGGGCACUGCAGAAUUGAGCAGUGCCCAUGGACGCCACAACGAGUGGAACACCAACCCUUCAAUACCACAACAUCACCGAUCAACCGAUUCCCACCAUCGCCAAUCGACAAACCCGCCAUUGUUUCGGAGAUGCAACACCAGGAGAAUUCCCAUUGUCUGCAAACCCUUCAAUCGUUCUUCAUGUUCUCACUGGUUGUAAUCUCGACCCACAAGAUCUAGCAAAACUAGAGGCGACAUGUUCUUUCUUUAGGCAGCCUGCCCAUUUUGCCCCUGAUCAUGAGCUCUGUUUAUCAGAGCUUGCUGCUCUCGACAUGUGCCAAAAAAGAGCAAUCUUUAAACCAAUGGCUUCGGAAGAACGCCGCCAAUUAAAACUACGAUGCGGUGGUUCCUGGAAAUUGGUUCUCAGAUUCUUAUUGGCCGGAGAAACAUGCUCCAGAAGAGAAAAAUCUCAGGCGAUUGCAGGACCCGGCCAUAGCAUCGCCGUCACUUCCAAAGGUUCCGUUUUCACCUUUGGGUCAAAUAACUCCGGUCAACUUGGUCAUGGCACAACUGAAGAGGAGUCAACGCCUCGCAUUAUCAGAUCAUUGCAAGGGAUUCGUAUCAUACAUGCAGCAGCAGGGGCAGGGCGCACAAUGCUGAUCAGUGAUUCUGGGCAGGUCUACGCCUUUGGAAAGGACUCAUUUGGUGAAGCAGAAUAUGGAGUUCAAGGAAGUAAACAAGUCAACACUCCUAAAUUAGUCGAGUCUUUAAAAGACAUAUUUGUAGUACAAGCUGCAAUCGGAAACUUCUUCACUGCUGUUUUAUCACGUGAAGGAAAAGUCUACACUUUCUCAUGGGGAAACGAGUCCAAACUCGGUCACCAAACCGACCCAACCGAUCUCGAACCGCACCCGCUCCUGGGCCCACUCGAAAACAUACCCGUGGUUCAAAUCGCAGCUGGAUACUGCUACCUUCUUGCUUUAGCCUGUCAACCUACUGGCAUGUCUGUGUACUCUGUGGGAUGUGGGUUGGGAGGGAAGCUAGGACACGGGACUAAAAAUGAUGAGAAACAACCAAGACUAAUCGAGCAGUUUCAGACUUUGAACCUCCAGCCCAUGGUGGUUGCAGCCGGUGCGUGGCAUGCAGCCGUGGUUGGGACCGAUGGUCGGGUGUGCACAUGGGGUUGGGGUCGAUAUGGUUGUUUAGGUCAUGGAAAUGAAGAUUGUGAUUCGGUCCCGAAAGUGGUUGAAUCUUUGAGCAAUGUAAAAGCUAUACAUGUUGCUACGGGUGACUAUACCACCUUUGUAGUUUCUAGUGAUGGCGAUGUUUAUUCGUUUGGAUGUGGUGAAUCAUCGAGUCUUGGACAUAAUACUGCAAAUGCCGAUGAACAGGGUAAUAGGCAUGCAAAUGUGUUGAGCCCGAAGAUGGUGGAAUCUUUAAAGCAAAUUAAAGAAAGGGUGGUGCAAAUUAGUUUGACAAAUUCUAUUUAUUGGAACGCGCACACAUUUGCGCUCACGGAAACAGGAAAGUUGUAUGCAUUUGGAGCGGGGGACAAAGGGCAGUUAGGGAUGGAACUUGUGGCUAACCAGACCGAGAGGCCGACACCGGAACGGGUCGAGCUCGAUCUGAGUUAGUGUUAUUUGAUGGUGACUACUAAUCUCUGAAAUCGGUCGCUAUGAUCGAAUUAUUUGUGUUUUUAUUUUCAGUUUCGUGUUUGUUUCCUUCCAUGUUUAUUUCUGUACAUAGAAACAAAGAAGGAUUUGUGAAGAAAGUGUAGGUAGGUUGGGUAGGAAAUGCUGUUAGGAAAACGUUGGGGGGAUUGAAGUUAUUGGUUUAUGAAAAAGUAAAUAUUAAUUGCAUUUGUGGAUUAUGGUUUAUUUGAUUGAAAACAAGUGAUUUGGUAAUUUAUGGCUUUCUUUCAUUUGCGUUUUAAUAAAACUACGACUGUGUAAUCCAAAUAGGUC